AUGGCCGUGGAUGGGAAUGGGCGACAUAAACAGCCAUGCUAUGAUUCAGGAUUAUCCUCGCCGUUGGAAAGGAACAGAAGCAAUGUGAUGGGCAAUCGACAACGACGGAAACUUGGGAUGCCAGAUUUGCGCCACAAAAACAACCAUAUUGUGAAUCACGCCAGCUCCUGGCUUACGAUACUAACAUGCCUUCUUGCCUUUCUGGCAAGCUCCGUCAAUGCUGCCUUUCUCAACUUUGAUAACUGUUUAGAAGCCAGCACCUUGAGCGACCCGAGCCAGCUCCAAUUCGUCCCCCUGUUCUUCGAAGCCGUGUACGAUCCUUCUCCGGGCCCGAACCCUUUAAAUAUUACGAUUUAUGGAAAUGUCACUGGAGCCGCGCAAGGGGAAACUGCUCCGUCUCCGGGGUCAUCGCAGUGGGACAACAGCUCGGACACAGCAGGCAAGAUCGUCAAUGUGGUGGACGAUACCUACACCACUCUAUUCACCACAAUAAACUUACUCACCUUCACUCCAUAUGAUCAGUCGGGCCAGUUCUGCGAAGCUGUCGUCCAAGGCAGCUGUCCUGUUGGGCCUGUUUUCGACGUAAACGCGAGUAACCCGAGCCAGCUUCGAGCCUUCACGGUAGGACACGAUAUGGGAUCAUCGUAUCAAUUCGCAAGUUUACCUACUACGUUGCGAGUCAAGUCUGGAGACGCACAGGGGACCGAUCUGGCUUGCGUGUCUGCAAUUAUUGUACCGGACCUGGGUUCGACACUUCGCGGUCUCAUAUCCUUUAUGCCUCUUCUCGUUCUGAUCUUCGUUACUGUCGCAAAUAUUCUGGCCGCCACAUACAGCCCUUGGGGUUCGACCGAUAUUUUUCGCUGGUCUAGCAACUACGGUCGUGAUGAAGAUCUUUUGCGAUUAGUGACUCCCGGAUUCGCCGAUUGUCUCCAAUAUAUCCAGUUUAUCGUCCUGACGGGGGCUUUAUCCUUGAGCUACCCAGGAUUUUUUCAACCCAUUGUAGCCCAAGGUGGGUGGGCAGUUCUCAUGUUCAACCAAAGUCUUGCGAGCCAUGGCGGAGGAAUGAAUCCAGUUGUCGACGGAGUGUACGCUACCAACGGAACUUAUGGCUUGGAUCUCCUUAGCCAAUAUGUCGGUCUGAAGAACAAGGACGACAUCUGGCCGGGAUCAAUCGUUUGGCUGUUGGUGAUCUUGUUUGCGGUUACUGCUCUGACCCAGGUCGUCUUCGGCUCUCGCUGGAUUUACCACAAAAUGGCCAAUGUUCCAGAAGAGGAUCUUCGUUCCAAAAACAUGCCAUUUACUGUUGGAAAUAUUAUUCGCAUCAUAUUCAACUUUUUUCUACUUCCCACCAUGUCACUGGCGCUCUUCCAACUGGUCAUUGCCGCUAGUUCCCCUGCAUAUUCGGUGGCUCUUGCAGUCGUCUUAAUUAUAGCUCUCUUAGGCUUCGCGCUCUGGGUGAUCCGUCUAAUCGCGGCUGCUCGACCCCGUGCUUACCUGUUUGACGAUAUCUCCACUGUUCUGCUCUACGGUCCUUUGUAUAAUACGUAUAGGGACGGCGUGGCUACAUUUGCAGUGGUGCCUAUUUUCUUCACCUUUCUCCGAGCCAUCGCAAUAGGCGCACUUCAGCCAUCGGGCACCGCCCAGGUCGUUCUGCUUGCCAUAGUUGAAGUGGCUUACAUCUUGCUUCUGGUAGCGUUUCGGCCGUACCCUUCGCCUACAUCGAUGAAUCUCUACCAGAUCGUCUUUGCUAUUGUACGCUUUUUAAUUGUGUUACUGAACAUCACCUUUGUGCCAUCUCUCGGGAUUGCCGAGCAGACAAAGGGGUGGAUUGGAUACGUUAUCUUGGGUUUGCAUGGAGGGAUGUUGGUGUUUGGAUUUUUCCUGAAUGCCUUGCAGACCUUGAUCGAAGUGAUUGCUCGUCUUGCAGGAGCCGGAGGCGUGGAAGGAGGCGCAACUCGUGGUGGCCUCACAAAGGUCUUCGGUGCAAGACAGCUCUCUCGACGCAAUCCUAGAAGCAGCACACGUGAGAGCAUGGCUUCAGAUGCUGCAAUGCUCGCCAACAUGGAUGAACGAUCAUCAACGCAUUUCGGCGGUUCUCGAGUCAGGACGAUAAGCGACGGCCGGGUAAGCAUCGCCUAUGAUGCAGGCAGUGCGCAUGGCGGCGCGCAUAGUCGGACUAACAGCGGAAUGUACACUCCAACAACGCCUGGAGCCAGCAGUGCGUUUUCUCACCCCGCCGGAUAUCUGCCUAUGGGAACACCUAAGAGCGGUUCUAUGAUUGGCUUCAAGCCCGAGGCAAUGGAUCCAUAUUAUCGACCUCCACGGCCCAAGACGAAGUUGCCGGAAACUCAGCAAUCAUCCGAGGGUGCUCAGCUACAAAAUGCAUCCGGUAGCGACGCAGAGGACAAUAUUAUUGAGGCUGCAACAGGUCAACCGGUACCUGCACAUAUCGCACGGGAUGAUUCCGACCUUGACGAUUCUCGCACCAACCGUAAGGACUACGCGGUCCGUGAAGUCGACUUUUACUACCGCGUUCGCGGGCCGGCACUGUCUCACACGGGCACCCGUAAAUUGAAGACGGGACCUGCAGACCCGACUGGGCCUGUCUCGUCGGCGUCAGGUUGGUUCCGGCGGUUGUUGGGUGGCAAAACUAAAGAACAGGGUAAAGGGUUUGAGGUCAUUCGAAGUGCCCGUGCUCCUGCCCAAAAACGAUUCCCACUCGCUGAAGAGGAGGAAUAUCACGAACCAUACCGAGAUGAACCAGGGUCACGAAGCCCUGAGGAAACUGGAGAUGGCGCUGGUCGUAGUCACACCCGGACUGAGUCCGGCAUCACCACAGCAUCUUCAUACCAUGACUCUGAUGGGGCAGAGAAAGAAGGGGAAGAAGAAAACGAAGAAGAGGGGAAAGAGCCAAAGGAGUCAUUCCGGCUCCCACAAAUUGACGCCGGCGGCUCAAUCGAGCUUCCGAGUCGCAUCGGCUCACAGAACAGCACACAAUCCUCAAUCCGCCCGCCAGUGCCCCGGAAAAGUUCAAAAAGACAUGGCCCCCAGGACUCUCUGGAUGGAAGCACCACACCACCACCGUUACUCCCCAUAAUUCCAGGUUCACCACCUAGCGCAGCACAUACUUCUCGCGACAUUUCCCCCUCUAAUAAUAAUGAUAUCAACAACAACCACCUACUCCAUCCAUCAACAGAGUCAGUCGAGACCGCUCGCUUACCAUUUGCGCCCAGCGAAUCCGGCAGCAAUAAAACCAGUAGCCAAGACCGACAUGAAUCUCUAACCUCCGCAAGCUCAUCCACAAUUCUGCGAGUAGCAAGCGCAGAAACAGGCCGACCUUCAGGCAUGGGAUAUGUGGCACACCACCGCGCGGGGGCGAGUAUUCAUCAUUCAGGCGCUGAGCAUCCUGUGACUGGCAGUGCGGCGGAACUAGUUGAGCAGCAAAGUACGGAUACCGAGUCUGGCCACGAAUCUCCUUUGCGACAACCUUGA